CAUGAAGUUCGCCACCUUCCUCCUGUCCGCCUUUGUGGGCCUUGCGCUUCUCACGCAGCAGUCCAUGGGCGACACCGUUUACGAGACGUUUAUCGCGACGCACGGCUGGCGGUUCGGCCACUACGUCGGGGCGUGCACCCUUGAGGCUUACAACAAGUACCCCGGCUUCGGCGCCUCCGCCUGGGCCGGCAUCUGCACCUGCCACACGCAGUCCGUGACGACCUCGGCGCCCUACGGCGUCAACCUGGGCCCCUACAUGCGCAGCUUGAUCACUUGCACCCUCAUCAGCACGAUCCCCGGCGUGGCCGUGAUCGGGGCAGAGAUGGUCCACUGCGUGGCCAACAAGGUCAACGCGUACGUGGGCUUGGGAGGCAAGUAGGCUAGUAGGGUAGACUUUGGGGCCGUCCUCCGAGCUACGAUGCGAAAUAAA